GUCACGUAUUGCAUAGAUCAAGGAGCGUUUCCCAACGACAACAUAAAACGUCAAGCUUGUGGGGUGAAGAAUGAUUUGCCGCGAGUACUAGAUGCAAUGCGGCGCACUGUUUUCAAAUUAAACCGCUUCGACUUUUACUUUUAUUCACGCUCUUUUAUCCUCCCGCGAAAAUGUCUUGGUUCGGUCGAUUUCACGGAAAGAACAACCACGAACUGGUUCAAUAUCUGAAAGACUCGAAGAUAAUAAAAGCCGAACGAGUCGUCAGGGCUAUGCAGUCCGUCGAUAGAGGAAAUUACACGAAUAUUGGACAAGCCUACAUUGACGCGCCCCAAGGGAUAGGCUAUGGAGUGACGAUCAGCGCACCCCACAUGCAUGGCUAUGCACUGCAACUUCUGGAAGAUAAACUCCAAGAGGGUGGAAAGGCUCUGGACGUUGGUUCAGGCUCAGGGUACCUGACCGCAUGCUUUGCUAUGAUGCUGGGUCCUGAAGGAGUCGCGAUUGGCAUUGAGCAUAUACCGGAAUUAAAGGAGGCAGCUGUGAAAAAUAUCACAAAAGAUAAUCCCGAGCUACUAAGUAGCGGGCGAGUUCAGCUAGUGGUCGGCGACGGCAGGCUAGGCUGGCCCGAGGGUGGACCUUAUCAUGCCAUACAUGUUGGCGCAGCUGCGAAGGAAACGCCUCAAGCUUUGAUAGAUCAGUUGGCUCCUGGAGGUCGCUUGCUUGUGCCAGUGGGUGCAGAAAACUCGGAUCAGACUCUGGUUCAGUUUGACAAGUCCCAUGACGGUAAAAUACGACGUAAAUCGUUAAUGGGGGUCGUCUACGUUCCAUUGACGGACAGAGAACGGCAAAAGCGGUCAUGGAAGUGAUGUUAUGUUCAAUGAAUCCGUCGUUGGAGUGUUUUUUUUAAAUUUCAAUCGUUUAAUCGUUAAUUGUGCUAUUAAAUCGGAUUUAUUUAUUUUUACCGGAAAUUUGUGUUGUAUAAUUUAUCUUUACCUAUACCUUUACCUAUGAUAUUUGAAUGGUGUCAUCGAGACCUGAAAUUAUCAAUUAAUUUGAAAUUACUCUGCCUAUGAAAAUUUUGUACAUAUUUGUCUUAGAGGGCCAGCUGCAGUUUUACCUUUUCAAAUUCCCUUACACAGUAUUUAUCAAUCAGUAAAAUGUAGUAAAUACAUAGUAUACAAUUUUUUAUGCACCUUAUAAGUCGAAUAAAGUGUAGUCUUAUGUU